UUGUAUUUGCCCGCAAUAAAAAGGUGUGAUAAGAGUAUUCAAGAAGAUAGCCACUCUGAAUAAAUGUACUUCACUUUGAGCAUUCACGCCUCAAUCGCCCACUGACUGUCUGGACGGUGAAUUGUGGGUGAAAGUUUGGGUGAAAGUGCAGGAUAACACUCAGUGAUCUGUGAUGACGUCAAAAGGAGCUUCAGAAGCUGCCUCGGAGGCACAGAAUGAUGAGGGCAAGGACUUUGAGGAAGCAAUCUCAGCCACAGGCUUUGGCCUCUUCAAUUUCCUCCUCCUGGGAAUUAGCAUGAUUUGGUUCACUGCGUCUCUGGCCGAGACGACAUCGCCCGGACUCAUUCUAUCCGUGGCGCAGUGCGAUCUGGAGUUGGAUCUGGAUCGCAAGGGAUGGAUCACUUCCAUCACCUUCUUCGGCAUGAUUUUCGGCGCCAAUCUGUGGGGAAUCGUGGGCGAUAUCUACGGCCGGAGGUUGAUCAUCAGCGUGGCGCUCAUCCUGAUGGGCGUCUUCAAUGUUCUGUACGGCUUCAGCACGUCGUACUACAUGCUGGUCACCCUCAAGUUCUUCGGUGGAUUCGUCGCAAGUGGACCAGUGGCAGCGUAUAUCGCUUACAUUUCUGAAUUCCAUGGAGUUAAAUAUCGCGCACGUGUCGUCAUUUUCCAGAGCGGCUUCAUAAGUGUUGGUGGCAUGGUUGCGACUAUCUUGGGAUUGUUGAUUCUCCCGCUGCCCAUCAGUUUCUCUAUUGGGUCAACCGAGUAUCACUCGUGGCGUGUAUUCUUCUGGUCAUGCAGUCUUCUGGGACUCACCGGUGGUUUCCUCUCACUCUUCCUCCCCGAGAGUCCAAAGUUCCUGAUGGCACUUGGCAAGAAAGACGAAGCACUCAAAGUCUUCCAACUCGUUUAUCGAUUAAACACGGGAAAGAGCUCAGAUUCAUACCCAAUUAAAAGCCUGAAGGACGACGUUGUGGAUGCAAGAGUGAAUUCUGCGGAAAGUGGAGGAAAAAAUGCAAAAUCCACAAUUAUUCGGAAAACUUUCUCACAAUUUCUGCCACUCUUCAAGCCUCCGCAUCUGUGGAAAUGUCUGCUCGCGGGAGCAAUUGAAUUCUUCGUGCUGCUCGGAGUCAAUACCAUGAGAUCCUGGAUGCCACAGGUAUUCGCCCUCCUCUCCAACACCCACUCAGACGAAGGCCUGUGCGAGAGCAUCCAACCAAAGUCUGCCCUGACCACCUUCAAUAACGCCACGGAUGACUUGGCAUGCGAAGUGCUCAGCGAUAAGAGCAUCUACGUGAACUCGAUAAUAGUGCAAGCUGUCGGCAUGAUUGCUGUUAUCCUGGUGGUGCUCCUCGUUACAAUUGUGGGCAAUAAAACUAUCUUAUUUGUAACAACCCUCGUGGCGGCUGCGUCGAGUCUGGCCAUCUACUUCGCCCAGAACUCCAUGACCAUCGUCAUCAUGUACAGCUUGGCCGUGGGAAUUGGCCUCUCUGGGCAGGCUUCAUUCAACAGCAUCGUCUCCAAUCUCGUCCCCACGGCCUUCCGCUUCACCGUGAUCAGCGUCUCCGUGACGCUGGGACGCCUCGGCUCGAUGCUGGGGAAUCUCAUCUUUCCAAAUCUCCUGAAGCUCGGCUGCUGGCAGCCUUUCGCCGCAAUGUCUCUUGCCUACGCCAUUUCUGCCGCCUUGUGCUUGCUUCUGCCGAAAACAACAAAACAGCCUCUGCAAUAAUAAAAAACUGUGCUUUAAAUUGAUGGUUUUUCUC